AUGUCAUUACUCAAGAGGUCCAUCAAGGCCCUACAGGUGCCGACAGAACCUGGUCUGACGACGGCGGAGUUAAUGUUAACGAAUGAAGAUCUAAAGCCAGUCGAGCCGGAGCGUCGCCAAUGGAGAUGGCUUAACUUUGUAGCUUUCUGGAUUGCAGAUUCGCUGAAUGUCAAUACAUGGAUGAUUACCUCGUCCAUGAUUGUGGAUGGGCUCUCCUGGUGGCAGUCCUGGCUCUGCGUCUGGGCCGGUUAUACAAUAUCAGGUAUCUUUGUCGUAGCCAUGGGCCGCAUUGCAACCAUCUAUUACAUUCCGUUCGCAGUGGCCAACCGAGCAUCCUUUGGCAUAUGGGGUUCAUUCUGGCCGAUUAUCAAUCGCGCGGCAAUGGCUGUCAUUUGGGCAAUGUGUGACUCUGAUGAUCCAGCCAUUUGGCCCAGCUACGUGAAUAUCCCCAAUAACAUCCCAGCCAGUUCAGGCGUCACCACCAUGGAGUUCACCAGCUUCUUUUUGUUCUGGCUAGGGUCGCUCCCCGCCCUAUGGUUUCCUAUCUAUAAGAUCCGACACCUCUUUACGGCGAAAGCAUACUUUUCACCUGCCUGCGCAAUUGCUUUCUUCAUCUGGGCGAUUGUUCGCGCCCAUGGAUUGGGCCCUAUCAUCCAUCAGCCCAAUACUGCGCAAGGAAGCGACUUAGCAUGGGCUGUGGUGAAAAGCAUUAUGAACUGCAUUGCCAAUUUCGCCGCUUUGAUCAUCAAUAACCCUGACUUUAGCCGAUACGCACGUCAUCCAAAAGAUGCGAUAUGGCCACAGUUGAUCACGAUCCCAGUGGGCUUUGCCGUCACGUCGUUUAUCGGAAUCGUGGUAACUUCAUCUUCAUCGGUGAUCUUCGGCGAGGCGGUUUGGAAUCCUCUCACUUUGCUAGGAAUGUUCUUGCAAGACGCCAGUUCGGCGGAACGGUUCGGGGUGUUUGUGAUCGCCGCUGGCUUUGCGUUGGCUCAGCUAGGAACCAAUAUUGCAGCCAACUCUGUAUCCGCUGGAACAAAUCUCUCGGCCUUGCUCCCUAGAUUUUGCACCAUUCGCCGAGGAGCGUACGUGUGUGCAGCUAUUGGUCUGGCUAUGUGCCCGUGGAACCUGGUGGCAUCUUCUGCAAAAUUCACGGUCUAUCUGUCAUCCUAUUCGGUAUUUCUAUCUUCGAUCGCCGGGGUCAUGGUCAGCGACUACUAUUUGGUCCGUCGCGGCUACCUGGAAAUCCCGGCUCUGUAUAGUGCUGAAAAGAACGGCCCGUACUAUGGCACGUGGGGUGUUUCCUGGAGGGGCUAUACGGCUUACAUAUGUGGCAUACUGAUCAAUGUUGUGGGCUUUGCUGGCGCCGUUGGUGCGGAUGUACCGGUGGCGGCGGAAUACAUCUACAACAUCAAUUAUUUGUCCGGCUUCUUGGUGGCUGCCGCUAUAUACUGGGCCUUGGCAAAGGCUUUCCCCAUUCCAUGCACUAGCGAUACAUGGAACGAGGUACCAUAUUCUGGAGAGGCGACGCAUGCUGAUGGAAAGGAUAUCAAACAAGUGGAGGAGGUAGAGGAUGUAAGAGCGGCAGUGUAA